GCAUCGAUCGAGGCGAACAUCGAGGAGGACGACCAGAACAGAAUGCGCGUCCAGCAGUUUGGCGACUUGAAAGGCGUGCAAGCAUCAUCCUCUCCUGUACCAAUCAGCAGCGAGGAGAGUCUCGCGUGCCGGGCAUCCCUUCCUGUGCCGAUCAGCAGCGAGGAGAGUCUCGCGUCCCGGGCGUCCCAGGACAAUGCAGAAGACACUCUCUGGGACCCUUCCGGCUUUGACAUGCCCGAGGGGGUACUGCUUCCGCACAUGAGGUUGCCACCUGCGUGCAGAAGAGACUUGGAGACCAUGGGCGAGGGCGUCUGGGAACGCCGCUUGACUGUACCCCCGGACGGCUUCUGCAUGCUGUACACAUUUCUGGCUGCAUGCGAUCCCCCGACGUGGAGUCGGCUGCACAGAAGCGAGCUGGGCUUCAUCGAAGACGUUGUGGCCGAGCAGAAGUACAAGGAGGCCGCACAGAACAUCCUGAUGCACAUCCUGAUGCUGCUCCGCACGCAAGGGAAACACGAGGAGGCAGCUCGCCUCGAAGCCGGAGGACACCCAGGCGACGAGGAACUUGGCGCCUACAGCGAAGCCUUUGGAUGCGCUAUAUUAGUGACACCGACAGACCCGCAGGCUUUUCCCGUGAUGCACGGGCAAGGCCCGGUUGGCUUCGAGGUGGAACACUGCCUGAGCGUCGACGGCGCCGGUCACGGAGCGGGGCAUUUCGAACUUCUGCGCAGCUGGCUUCCCGCAGAUUGGCUUCAACGAAGGGGCUUUCCGGCAGUCGGUGCACAGGUGCAAGAUCGCAAACGGAACGCACCUGCAGAAGCUUCGAGCGAGGAAGAGUCCCCUGAAGAAAUCGGGGCCAACUUGCCAGACGCUUGCGUGAAGGCAGCCGGCACCCCACAUGGCAGAGGCAACAUGACACGCAGCUUGAAGAACUUCUACCUGCAUCGAGAUGUGCAUCCCGAGUUGUACAACAAAGCCAUGGCAAAUCUGGCCCGCUUUGCACCGGGCCUUGUGGAGGAAUUGCGGCUGAAGGUUCGUUUGCCGAGACGCUCCGCGCCAUUGCUUGAAGAGGUCCGACACAAAAAGACAGCAGUCAUGGCCCAGCAAUGGCAGAAAUGCAAGGCAGCACGGCAACCGGCUCUCGCCCUGAGAGGGACGGGAGCCGCCAAAGAGUACCGGAGCGGAGUGCUCGCCGACCAGCGGUGGGCAACGAAGAACUUUUACCCCGACGCUCCUCGUCGCCCUCGUGCCUCUGGCGACGCCUUGUCUGCCGUCGUGGACAAUGACUGCGACUUGCCGCCUGCGUUCACCUCCAUGCACGCAAUUGGCUUGCAACG